AUGGCUGAAAGAUAUCCUUGUCAUGACCCCUUGGCUGGCUCCAUCAUCUGGGAGGGGACUUUCAAUUCUGCCAUUCUGAAUGAGCAGUUCUGGCGACAGAAUACCACCAUUGGAUUAACUGUAUUUUCUGUAAAAUCAUACGUGAUCUUCCUAAAGCAGUUCUUGCUGUCUGCAGAGAUGUACUUCAUGGAGGGACACAGGGUGAACUACUACAUCUUCACGGACAGGCCAGACUAUGUUCCUCAUAUUAACAUCCAAAAGGGAAGGCAGAUAAUCAUCCUCACCGUCCGGAGCUAUGCCCGUUGGGAGGACAUCUCCAUGCACCGCAUGGAGGUAAUCAGCAAUUUUUCCCAGCAGCGCUUCCACCGGGAGGUGGAUUACCUUGUGUGUGUAGAUGUGGACAUGAAGUUCAGUGACCACGUGGGCGUGGAGAUCCUCUCCCCCUUGUUCGGCACCCUGCAUCCUGGCUACUGUGGGCUCAGUCGGACCGACUUCCCCUAUGAACGUCGGCCUCAGUCACAAGCCCAUAUUCCCGAAGAUGAAGGGGACUUUUACUACACAGGGGCCUUUUUUGGGGGAUCAGUGGCAGAGGUUUACAGGCUCACCAAGGCCUGCCAUGAGGCAAUAAUGGCCGACCGAGCCAACCACAUUGAGGCCAUUUGGCAUGAUGAGAGCCACCUGAACAAGUAUCUGCUUUACCACACACCCUUCAAGGUCCUCUCCCCUGAGUACCUGUGGAAUCAGCAGCUACC